AUGGCGGAGGGCACUGCCUUGGCGCAACAGCUGAGUGCUGCCGCCAAGGGAGUUCAAUUAGGGCGUGAGGGUGUUCAGGGGCUGGUGGGAUGGCUGGAGCCCUUUUCUGUUGCCUUGGGUUACCCUGAUGCUCCUUCAGUGCCUCAGACGAAGCUAGGUAGGAAGGCGGCUACUGUGCGGGAGCGGGCUCAGCAACAGCUGCUGCAGCAGGAGCAAGAGAAGCUCCCGCAGCAGCGUCAACAGCUGCGGGAGCUGCUGAAAGGAUAUAGUACCGCUUCUCCCGCUUGCAUUGAGCUGCUGCAGCUGCUUGAUGCAUGCACUGGUCGCCUGCUGCAGGCAAUAGCAGAGGUUACUAAGGCCGGCCAACGAGGACUGCCCGAAGGCAUAAGUCCCGCUGCUGCUCGCGUGCAGCAGAAGCAACAUCAGCAGCAACAACAGCUGCAGCAGGAAACGUGUGAGGUUGACGAGGCAGCGCGAGGGGCCCAGGCAGCCUCACUUCUUGCAUGUGGCAUUCUGGGGGAGACGAGCCUGGACUCUGUUCCUGCUGCUGCAACAACACGCCACCGCCUUGCUGCUGCUAUCACGUCUCCCUCACGUUUGUCGUCUCUGAGUACAGUGCUGCAGCCCUUUCACCCUGCUGCUACAAGGGACAACGGAAAGCACUGUGCUCUGCUGCAUUUGUGUGUCUGCCGGCUCCUGGCAGCUGCUGCUACUUGUUCACCAGCAGCAGCGUGGCGCAUCGCUUCGGCGGCCCAAGGGGCAACAACAACAGCAGCAGCCGCAGCAGCAGCAGCAGCAGGAUCCAUUAAUGGGGUUCUUCACAGCUUUUGUGAGAGAGACGCACAGCUGCACCCCCUUAACCAGGCCCUCACUGCCUUGUGCGAGGGGCCUUCCCUCCGUUUGCUGCAGGGGCGCAGCAUCAGCAGCAAACGAAGUGGGGCCUCAGUGGAAAGCAGCCUGCUGCCACCUGCGCCCAAGUCCCAGAGCUGCUGGUGUCAGUGCCCUCAAUGCAUGAGUUCCGAAGCAGCCGAAGCAGCAGCAAGGCAUACUGGGGACCCGGAAAGUAUCCCAAAAGAUCACCAGCUGAUAAGCUCCACGAGAGGCUGGCAUAAUGCGUGGGGAGCUUUCUUCGUUCGGUGCUGCUGCCUCUCCUGUCGUUGCGAGACUGCCUUGAGUGGAAGCGCGAGGACGCCAGUAACAAAAGCCAGCGGUCCCGCUGCAACUGCUGCUACUGCUGCUGACUUUGGGACGAGGCGACACUUGGAAACUGCUGCUGCUGCAGCGGCUUCUGCUGCCUCCGAUGUACGCUCAACUCUCGAGGCCUUUCGCUCUCGAUCUGCUCGGGAAGGUCUCGGCGGCUGUGGCCUUGUGCCCAUUCGUUACGCUCUGCGACAAGAAGCCCUGCGGCUGCUGCUGGUGCUGUUGCUGCACCAAGAUUCGUUAGUGAGCGAUGCUUUGCUGCAGCCGAGAAGGCGUCAGCUGCAACAGCAGCAGCAGAAAGCGGUACCACAGUCAGGCGUAGGAGACCUUGCUUCUACUAGCAGACAGGGGGACGGCUCGUCGCUGCUGCGCUACGCUAUACGCGGCCUGUGCACAGACCGAGAGCUCGACGCACUGUGCUUCUUGGUGGGUUUGUUUGAAGUGUUUAUGGCGCGGCCAGGGCGCUCUAGAGAGGCAGAGGCAGCAGCACGGAGGCUCUUUCUCGUCGCCGGGCCUGGGGGCUUCCCACUUCCCCUGCUGCUUCAGAGGUUCACGGCUAGAGAGGAUCUCAACCACUUAUUAGUGCCGCUGCUGUCACGUUGCAGGGCCUCCUGCCCAGUGGAGACAGACUCAGCAGCUAAAUCACUUUCCAGGAGAAGUCCGCGAAAUAGUUUACUCUCUGACGCUGACAAUUCUUCAGGGCUUCCAACUUCCUUUUUCAGCAGCUCGUGGGUGCUGCAGCGGCUACUUGCGUACCUACUGCUCCUAGCAGCAGGCCGAGGCGGCAGCAAGGCGCCUUCAAUUUCCGGGUUCCCUGAAGAGGCAAAGGCUUUUGCAAGGGAACCGGGUCUUACAGGAUCUAUUGAUUCAGCACUGUUAUCUUUGGCCCUGGGGAUACGACCGUUGCAUUUGCCCCCACAGCAGGAACUGCUGCUGCAGCUCUUUAAGGCUCACCCUGCCCUUACAUCUCACUUCCUCAACAAGCUGUCCGGGUUGCUGCUAAGUCCACGGCAGUCUGCCACGUUUGCGCUUUCUUGCCUGUUCCUCUGCCGCAUACUUGGGACCCCUUGGAGCCAGCUAUCGUACUACUGGCAGCGGCAGGACCAAGUGGAACAAGAGCCUCCCAUUUGUGGUUCGGGACCGGAUCUAACGUUGCCUGAUGGGGAUAUGAGCUUUGCUUCAGUCAGUGAAACAAUGAGAACCCUUGGGGUGGCUGACGAUGAAGAGAAAGAAAACCUUUUCGGUGACCUUGAACCCUUGCGGCUACGGCAUUCGCAACAACAGCACAAGCAGCAAGACGCGCUGCAGCGGAGGUGGCGAGCCGUGGCUCUUGAAGUGGCCCGAGUGGCAUCACCAGCGCUGCUUCUGCGACAGCAUUUGUCGCAGUGUCUUCUUCAGACAGACACCCGAGUGGCUUUUUGCGGUAUUGCCGUCUUGCGCGCCUGUUGCCAGGCUCUGCGAUGCAUGCACGACCGCUUCAAAUACAGUCCAAAGCUGCAGCAUCUUCUCCUGGCGCAAGCAGCCCUCAGGCUGCCAGACGCAAAGACCCUGGUAAAUUCUCUUUUGCGGCUGGUCCAGCAGUGGCAGCAACAGCAGCAGGGCCAGCAGCAGCGGCAUGAGUCAGAAAAGAUAAGGGAUCCACAGUCUAAUGCCGUGGAGGUGACGGAGGAUCGUUGGCUCUCUGACGAGGCUCUCGCGAGGGCAGCAGCAGCUUCUGCUGCUUCUGCCGCUAGAAGAUGGCAAAAAGAAGAAAGCGAAAGACUAAGAAAUGGUGAACCAGAGGAAAGUGAUGGCGAUGACGUGGAAGUGCAUGUAGAGGGAGUGGGGGAUGUAGAGGGGGACGGGAGCAGUACAGAUGGUGAGGAUGCAGGAGGUGAAACGAACCACGAUAAUCUUAAGGCUUCUCCAGCGGAAAUGGGUGUAAGUGUCAAGGACUUGAUGCAACUGCUCGUGCGGCUAACAGCGGUGGACGAUAAGCUGAAUGGGUACCAGCUCGUGUCUGAUGAUAGCCACGUGGAGGCCGAAGAAUGCGAUAUGGACUUUAAUUCCUUCCAGUUUCUACGUGGGUGGAUGGAGACAGCAGAGAUUUAUCAGGAGUUGCUGACGCCAUCAUUUCCUCUUGACUGGGGCAAGCUGCUUUGUACUUGGAGGACGGGAGACGGCGCAGCUCAGUCCUUCCGUCUUUGCUGCAAGUCCCGGGUGAUCGCAACUGACAUAGCGCGCUUAGCAGUGCAAUCGAGGGGCGGCAUGGAGAGCUGGGGAGGUGAAAUAGCUGCUGGGUGCUCAGUGUCAAAGCAGCAGCAAUUGCUGCUGCUUCACCUGCUGCUUCAGUGGCAACGAAGCGUGAAGCGCAGCCGCUCCAGAGAGUCGCUGGGCCCAUAUGGGGGCGAAGUUUCGCUGUGUUCAGACGCUCUGCUUCAAACUAUUCUGCAGUUCAUGCAUAGGAGUGGCAUGUUCAGAGGGGCCACAUGCGAGACACCUGAGAUUGAUGAAGCGUCUUUGUGGCUUGCCGCUUUGGCGGAAAGCUCGUGCUUCCGGUGCAGUGCCCUCUACUUUGUAGCAAUCUUGAGGCUGGCGAGCGAGCAACGGUUGGCUCUGCUGCCGUAUACGGAAAUGUGUAUGGGCAGGGACAUGAAGGAGAUGGAACAAGAGGGAGGAGAGAUCAAAGAGCUGUCAAGCCCAUCCCUGUUCUCGGCGGCUCUGCUAGCACACCUGUCAGUGGCCCCUCGUUGCAACGCCGGUAAAGCUCUCUUUGUGGAGCUUGCCCCCUUAGGUGUAGCGGCGCCGGAGGACAGCUGCUGGGGCUGCAACGCAAUGCAUUCGUCAGAGUUCUGUGCUGAAGCAGCCACGAGCUGGGCCGUGCAGGGCUUCAUGAGAUGCUGUAUUCUGUGUCCCUCAAUAAUCUACCCUCUCUUUAGAGCCCUGCAGGCCGAGGGUCCGUGGCGCGUUCUUGGCUCCUCACUGAACGUGAGCCGCGAGCUGAAUUCACCAACUGCGGUGGAGGCUGCUAAGGCUGCCGCCGCUCAACAUCCCCAGAGCAAACUCAUCAACAGAUAUCGUAAGCGACUUCUGCGCUUUCUAGAAGUCUCUUGCCAGCCACAUGCUCAGGAGGCCAGCGAAGAGGGGGAUGAUGCUUCUGGGUCACAGACUCUGGACUAUCAGCUCUCGCAACUGCCCUUUGUGUCAUCACAGCUGUCCGCAGAUUGGGGACUCCCUUCCCCAGUACAUGCAAUCGCUCCAGAGGCGUUACUGAAGAUAUGUGCGGCUCGUAUCCCGGGUGCUUCUUCCAUGCCUCGUGGCCCAGUUGGAUCUGCAGAGCGCGCCAAUUGUCUGGGGCUUCUGCGUGCUCUGACGCGGCAUCUUGACCAAUCACUGGAGACGGAGGCCUUUGUAGCGACACAGCCGUUGGAGAAGCUCAUAGAAGUAAACCAGCAGACGCGGGAUCGGCUGUUGGCAUUGCUGUUGCAGUUGGAGGCCGUGAGCCGUCACCUAAGCAACAUCCAAGCCACGGAAGGCGCAAACCACUGCCUGGAGGAUGGCUACAAUGAGAUGCGUUUUGUUGUGCUGCCUGUGGGUGCCGAAAAGGCAGCCGCAUUGGAACAGCUUUUCCAGCUGUCAACAAUAGCUCUUGGCCGUUGUGAACACCUGUCGGAAGGGCCCGCGGACUCCGUCCGAAACAAUAAGCCGCCUGUGACACAGGCAGAACGUGACGGACGGAAGAAAGGCAGGUUUGAGCCGUCAUUUUUCACUAAGGACUUUAAACACUGGGUGGAGUUGGGGGCAGCAUUAUGUGCCCACAUGGCAAACCUAUUCGAGUUGACCGCUGCUGGAGUGGCCCUACAAGAAACCGCCGGUCUGCGGCUGCUCUGUCGCAGUGUGGAGUUCUUCGCUGCAUUGGUGUGCGCGGAAGACCAGCUGACCCCUGAGGCACAAUCGGCUCUCACCUUCGCUGCAUGCAUCAAACGACUGUGCCUCCCUGCUCUUAGUGAUCCCAUUUCUGCGCGAACAGAAAAGCCAACCAAGCAUUCACAAAUAGAAGACACUCAAGGGGGGCCAUUGCAGGCACUUUUGCUAGGCCUUGUUCGUCGCGUUGCGAGAGCCGCGAGGCCUUUCGUGUCGGAAGAUGGACGACCGUUGCUGUUAUUGGCCUGCGAGUCAGUGCUAACAAGCAAGGACAAGAUUUCAUGUCCUUUGCCGUCAAGAACAGCAAAAGCACCUUUGCAUCACCUAGCAUGGGUGUUGCCCCUGGUAGAGUCCUGGGGACUGGCGGCUAUACCUGCGCAACACAGAGGAGUGGAGGAGGCGAUCAAGCGGCUUACAUACGAGGAAAAGGCUCUCACGUUGUCCCUUGUGUUGCGCGCGUGCGGGGAAGCCCCAGUACAGUCUGUUAGCUUGGAAUCGGCCGCCGAUUGCGUUCAGAGGCUACAGGCGUUGCCUUUGUCUAUGUGUCUCCGGCUCCAUUGCUUUUUGAAGUAUCUGUGGGGGCACCAGAGAGCAGAGCAUCGCGUUGCAACGCUGGAGACGGCGUACCAGCAAGCCAGCUCAGAGGAUGCUACUGCCGCUGCAGCUGGUAGGUGUAUACUGGAUGCCGCUGUACGGGUCAUGUUAUGCCUCUGCUUCCAGUGUAUCCAUGCAUCAAGCUCGCUGCGAGGUGCUGAGGAAAGUGCAACGGCUGGCGACAGCGCUGUGAUUAUUUUUAGACAAGGGCUCAUCAGGACACUCCGUGCUUGCUGGGACCAAUACGCUGUCCUGCGCUAUGCGUGCACAAGACUGUUUUUGUUGUCAGAGGAGAAAGCAGAGAAUGCAACAUGCCCUGUACUUCACCCGGCGGUGCGCCUGGCGCUUCUCCUGCAGUGGCGAGAACCAGUCCAAGGGCUACCAGCUCCGUUCUACCCCUCUGUGGUUGCUGCCCUGGAACAGUGCCAGGAAGAGCGGCAGGAGGGCAGGGCGGGUGCGAGUGCUGACAGCAGGAGCACACGAAAAGGACGGAUACGGGGAACAGGGCCGACGAGUGCGACGACGGACGGCGCCGAGUGGGCAGCCGAUGUGUUGGAGGCAUUGAAGUUGACGGCAUAUGCGCGUGACAGCAGCGGUGCUAACAGCAGGCGUGUCCGAGCCAAGGGAGCUCCCUGGCAAACAGCGGCGGCUUUUCUUGGGGACAGAUGGGGUGAUGCAGAGGCCAAAGACUUGGCCACCGACGCCCCUGAAAGGUGGGCUGCAGCAGUGCAGCAGUUUCUCACCUUCCUAUGCGUGCAGCAACCAGGAGGUUACACCGCGGCGCGCCUUGGGAUGCAGCUGGCGCAGGACCUCGAGAGUAUUACAGGGAGGCUAGAUGAUGACUUUGUGGUACAAGAGGGGUGGCCUGUCUCUGGAUGGGUGCGCUAUCAGGCAGCGUCUGCCAUUCUGCAGGCAGCAGAGGGCGGUAAAAGUGUUGCAGUUGCGGCUCUCCGCUGUCUUGCAGCGAGCCGCACGGGCUUGGGGGCAUCGCUGAAGGAUUUGAAAACGGAGCUCCGGGAACUACAAGAUGCCCUUCAAGAAUUCGAUAUGUCUGACGACUCAGCUUACACUGCGGAUGUGGAAGGUGCUGCUGCCGCUGCAGCGGAUUUGGCUUACUAUAUUGGGGCCAUGAGCCGCGCCUCGCACUUGGGCAGAGUUGUUCUGGGCGCUUUGCAGUGUGGACUAAGUACUGAUGGCAGCUUGACAAAAGACCAGCGACAGUUCUUCAAAGCUCUGAGACCAAAAGCACAGUUAACUGCCUGCAGCUUUCUUGAGGUAAUUGGGGCCUCUCCACCAACGGCGGCCAUUUGCCGGGGCGCCAAGGCACUUUUGAAAGUCCCUAGUUGCGUGGUCCCUCGCCCCGAUUCACUUUCACUGACGUCUGAAGUUAUGGCCCUUCAAGCAUGGACUAGCCUUCUGCUGCCUGCAAUUCAGCUUGCUAUGAGUGCAGCUGCGCUUGAGCCUUCUCGUGAACAAGCAACAGCAUAUGCUAGACGAAUAGCCAGGCAGGCGCUGCUUUCGCCAGCAUUUCGUGCCCUUGGCCAUUGCGCUAAAGAGGCAGUCCAGCAAACGCUUACUGCUACGAGUGAUGCGCCAUGUGAAGCGACGAGCAUCUCAGUCGCUCUCAUGCCCCUGCUGCAGUGCCUAUCUCAGCAGCUGCUUCCAGCAGCUAAUGAAACCGGGAGUAGCGCACACAGUGUCCCGGAACAAGACGAAGAUGGUGAAGAAGAAGCGUUAUGCCGUCUUUCUGAGAAAUGCCCGGAGCUCUUUGAGGCGCUCAUUAACUUAUAUGGGGCGUCCACAUCUUACGUGGACAUUUACCUUUGCCAGAUCCUUAUGCUGGAUAGCGCAGGCCCAGAGUUGUGUGGCCACACCACUGAACAGGGGGGACCAGAAGGGCAGCAAGAAGGGCAUUCAAAUGAGUUACCUACGGAGACGGCAGGGGAUCCUGCCGGCAGCUACGACGUCUUCUCUAAUUUGCACAGGUGGAUGGCACAUCUCCCUGACUUCCGGGAGGUCUCAGAAACAAAACUCAGGCAGCAGUUGACGCCUCUUAGCAAGGGGUUUAUUCUCGGGAGCCCUUGUGAUUGGUUAGCCCUUGACCCGAGGCGCGUUAAGGAUACACUGGAAAAUUUUGCUUUCCACGCAAGGAUUGGAAGAACCAGGGAGCCUCCUGAUACGCGCAUGCGAGGACAGUCGCUUUCUGAAGAAAUUUUAAAAGCACAACAGAGACUUCUGGAGUCCGCGCUGAAGGCGCGUUCGAUGUUGACCAGAGUUGGCGAGCGUGAGGCAGCUGAUGGCAUGGAGGGUGAUGCAGAGACAGCUAAUGGCACAGAGCAUCGGCAGGCAGCAGCUUGCAUGUCUCGUUGCCUGCAAGGCUUAGCGCUGACUGUGGGUUCCGGGGCUGCGUCCUUUGCCACUGCGGAAAAUAGCGCUUACGACGUUGCUUACGUCGUGCCUUAUCUUGCCGGGCGACUGACGAUGGCGUGCUUCGUUUUGUUGUGGCGGUGGCAAGUGCUGCUUGAAGAGGAGCAGUCUUACCAACAGCAAGCACGAAUGCAACGGGAGGAAGAGGGGUCCAUGGACCCAAGUGUUAUCUCCUCACGGGCCGCCCUGGAGCGGCAACGGCCCGUUUGUGCGGCGGAACAGGCACGGAGAGCGUGCGGUGUUGCAGGAGCUUGGCUGCGCUCCCUCAAAGACUCGCAGGGGAACUGCAAGGAUGGCGCUGCUACACUAUAUGGCCAGGAAGCUUCUCAGACGGCAGCAGUACAUUCAGCAGAGACUGUUGGUGCAGUGGCCCCUGAAAGUGCCACAGAGGACGUGAGUUCCAUAGCAGCAACAAAUCCAGAGCCACUAAAACGACGGAGGGAGGAUAUUUGGGAGAUGGAUGAAUUCGACCCCGACGUGGUGCAGCGAGCAGUCACGCGAGUCAGCACAUUUUUGAAGGCUGCUAGGCGUAUUGGGCGCUUUUGGCGACCCUUAGAUAAUGAUUCAAAUGCAGCAGGAAGAAACAAAGCUACGGAUAGAGAGGUGGCGCAGGCAUUAGAAGUUUGGGGUGCUUCUGUAGAUGACGGCGAUCAGUGGCUCAGCAGCUUUGCCAGUGGGGGGAGCUUGCAGUUGCUAAUUAUGGCUCUUGGCUGCCCAGAUAAGAUGACGAGGGAAGCUGCUGCGCACGGCCUUUCCAUGUACACGCACCUCCUGCAGCUGUCUGCUGACCGAUCGCUGCUGUGCCACUUUGCGGACGUCCACGAGUUUAAAAUGCAAUGCAGGAAACGUCACGCAAAUGCUACGUCGCAGACUGUUAAAAGGCGCGACAUCAAGCAACGGCACAAGGCCGCCACCUUUGCCUUUCGAGCAGUCAAACAACUGUUGACCCUCCUAGGCUCCCUCAUGGCCUCCAUUCAAUCCCCAGAAGACCUCGUGGACAAACAAUGCAAAGAAAGCUCUGCACUGGAAGCCAGAACAAUGCCAGUUGUUUCGCCGGUCAUUUGCGCCUUUGCUGCUGCAGCUGUGCCGCUUCUCUUUCUCCCAGACCUUUCGUUGUAUCCCAUAAUAAAUUACGCUGUUAUAAAGCAUCCUGCUCUGUCUUUGCUGCUCCAGGAUCCUUGUAUGCCCCUGACACUAGCGGCCUUGCGGCAGCCUCUGCUGGGGUCGGACGGGAUAUUUUCACGUUUACUGCUGUCCACCUCAGUCGCAACUUCUGCAGCGCAGAAGCAGUUUCUGCUGGUGGCUUUGAAAAGGGCAAUGGCAGUGUCACAGUGCCCUGGUGACGGCUGCAUCACGCUGAGCUCGAGGCUGAAGGCUCACAAGGCAACCCAAGCCGUCCUUCCCCCACCUGCCCUGCUUGCCCAGUCCACGCUGCCACUGAUGUCAGGGCCUACCCUCAACCUCUCUUUGGUUCGCAGCAUACUGGAAGCUCUUCUACUGGCAACGGCUGCCCCCUCCUGUCUUUCUGCGUGCACUUGGUGGCAUCCGCAUGCUGCCUUCAUCCUAGUGUCAGCUCAAACGAGGAAAGACGAACUUCAUGAGUUCGAAGGGUCGGGCGAUUCGCACGUGAUGGCACAUGUGCAUCUUCCACUCGCGACAGUUAAUGCACAACACCUGCUGCAACGAUUUGGUAUUAUAUUGUGGCUCGAAGCACAAAUAGAGACAGCUCUUUCAUCCCUUGUAGGGCUUCGUGAAUAUAGUGGAGCGAACCGAUCAGCAAUAAGCGACUGCGCAUGCGGAGGAAGCCACCCGGUGUCCAUACUGCCAGUAAGAGAGCAUUUACUCAGCGAACCGCAACGCGUUAAGGGCUGCUGUAGAGGCAGUAAAACGCAGGCUCUCCAUGGCAUCAAUGCAGGAAAGUGGGUGCAGCAUGUGAGGGACUGCACGCGUCUUCUCUGGUCAGUGAUUACUGCUGCCACUUUGGCUGCACCACUGCCUGAAUUUUCCGCAGCAGAAAGACGCCUGUGGGAUAAUGCGCACUGCAGCUUCGGCCUACGCUCAACUGAUGGAAAGUGUAUUCACAGCCCCUCGUGUGUUUGCAGCAAUUUGCCUGCAAGGUGCUUUGGCUAUGAUACUUCGGCGACGCAGGCUUCGACUGACAACUUUCCAGGGGCCGCAGACUCCGAGCACAAUGGAGCAUGCUGGCCGCUGGGUAGGGGAUACGCCGAUGCCCAGCUGUUGCAGGCUGUGAUGGGAGCACGGCGCCAACUCUUCAAGCUGCGUCGAUCAGCGAAGACAGAAAUGGGGGAAGAUCAUGGCAACUGCGAUGCAACAGUCAAUGUAACUUCGGUCUCCAGUAGUGCUGAUGGUUUGUUUCUCCACUCAGCUCGGCAGCUACAAUUAGAGCUCCUACAGGGAAUCCAACGCCUUGCACGUGCAUGGCUUGCAUUCGCAGUGCCCAUAGGUGCGCGUGCAGAGGCUUCUGACGGCCCCAUGGAGGGAAGACUGGGGUUUGCCGACAGCGCGGCAUGGGCAUCAGACCUCCUAGAUGCGUCGGUCACUUGUUUAUCAGGGCUGUGGGCUGUGGCCGCUUGCAGUGAGUCCCUUGGCUUAAUUUCUGGCCCGAGCACUGUCAACGAGUCUGCGAAUCUUUCCCAGAAACAACUGAAACUCCAAGCAUCUGCAUGCUGUGCGGAUGUCCUGAGGCUUUGCGCCCGGGCAGCCGCCCUGCAGGAGGACAGCCUCAUGAAACACUGGCAACUACCGAAGCACAGUGGAAUGUUCGGUCUCUCCUCCCGCCCACUAUGGAAUAUGGUAUUCACCCAUAUUUGCAACAGAGGUUUAGGGCCGGAGGGUUCAAUUCUUCACAGUCAGGGAGACGCUGCGGCAAAAAGCCGCUGCGUGCUUCUUGCGCUGCUUCAAAUAAGAAGCAUGUGCGGAUCGGAUGCUCACCUGCAACAGCUCAUUGCGGUUGCUGCAGGGCUUUGA